AUGGCUUCUCCUCGGUUUAGAUGGCUGGUUCUAGUCGCCUCCGACACUCUGCCGAAGAUGAUCCUAAUGACUGUUUUCUCGCUCCAAUUUGAAUCUGGUGAGGCAGGCGAAUCGCACGGCCGUCCCCAGCUUGGCUUAUGUGGGGUUGUCGCCGGCGCUGGGUGUCAACGGGAAGCGCCGCCGGAGAUGUCUACUGAAGGUGACCAACAAGACGCCCGCUGGAGGGGAUCUCAUGGUGAAGGAAUCUGAGACUCCAAGCGGCGAUCGCGGUCAGUCUAGUUUCCUCCCAACCUACUUUCCUUAAUUCACCCUGUUCGGACGCUGGAGGAGAGAUUUACUAUAAUUAGCUGUUCUUCUAGCGUAAUUUGCUUUAGGGUUUUGCAGGCAUUGGUGUCGUUAGCAUACACCACGUCGGAUUACUCUGUGAAAACCUAGAAAGAUCACUGGAAUUCUACCAGAAGCUUCUCGGUACGCCGAACAAAUCCCUAAAUUUGACGGCCGAAAGGCUGAGUUUCUCCCUCUCGAUGGGAUUGUUAGGGUUUUCUCUCUGCUUGGCUGAACCAGGACUGGAGAUCAACGAGGCGAGACCGCACGAAAAGCUCCCUUACAGAGGCGCUUGGCUGUGGGUGGGCUCCGAGAUGAUCCACCUGAUGGAACUCCCAAACCCUGAUCCCCUGACUGGGCGACCUGAACAUGGGGGACGUGACCGCCAUGCUUGCAUUGCCAUUAAGGACGUCUCGAAGCUUAAGGUCAUCUUCGACGAUGCUGGUCAGCCUCCAAACGCGCAAUCCCUUCUAAUAGAAUCCUUAUCGCGAUCUUCUUCAAAAUUUCCUCGAAUCUCUUCUCUUCAUGUUCAUUCAGAUACAUUUAGAUACCGUCCUUUUUUUUCAAAAAAUUAUGAUUUAGUUGUACCCCGGAAAUUCAUGAGUUUCCCUUUUGGCUUUUUUAAAGACGUCAUAUAUAUGGGAUUUCUCUGUUGACCAGUUAAAAGUGAAAGAUUAUGGGAGCAAUGUGGCAGUGGAGGCAGAACCUUGAUAUCUGUUUAUGUGGAAAUUGUGCAGGCAUCCAAUACACUCUCAGCCGUUCAGGGAGGCCGGCAAUCUUCGCACGUGAUCCAGAUGCGAAUGCACUUGAAUUCACGCAAGUGGAUUGA